CGCUCCCGAGAACACUCGACUGGUUGUCCCGCGCUCGCUAUUCGCUCCGUCGCGUAUUCGAGUUUGUUUCGAUGAGCCAAACUGUCAUUUAUUCAAACAAUAAACUCUCACUGACUUUCGAGAAUUAUAAUAACGUUUAUUCGCGUCGGUAGUGGGAAUAACAACGAAUAUAUACGAAUAUGCAGUUGCGAAAUAUAAAAGUGUGCGCGAAUUGAGGUUAUACUUUGAUUCUCAGUAAUAAGUUAUUUCGCGUUCAUCCAUAUCCUUGUACGUAUUAAUUUAUACAUACGCCAAUACACAGUUAUUUACCUGUGUACACUUUCAUACACGAACACGAAGGAACAGAAGAAUAACCUUCAAUUCGCCAAGUCUAAAGCCACAUCGGGAUCUGUAGAUCAGACGGGAUCGGAGGUCGGAGGGAAAGGGAGGAGAAAAUAAAAGAGAUUAUGGAUUGGCGAUGGUGGUGCGUGCUUCUAUCGCUGUCGGUGUCCGCACGUGGCUCGGAGUGUCCCGAGGGCGCUGGAUGCAAUACUUGUAUACGAUAUCCCGAGGAUAUUUACCAGAUGACUUGCGCCACGGCGAACAAUGAGAUCGUAACAGUGGACAUGCGCGCGAACGAUUACGUGCAAAUGAAUUGCCGGAAGUCGGUGAAUUGGGCGACGUUUAAUAUCGGCUCGCCACAGAUAAUACGCGGUGUCAAAAAGGUUCUCUUCAAAAUGUGCAACUUACCCGAAGAAAAUGGACUCGCUUCGAUUACCAACAAAUUACUUAUCAAGGAUCUUCAGGAGCUGUAUUUCUCUUCGUACAAUAAUCUCAGCUCGAAACUCACCAACGAGACUCUGAAGGGCUUCAACAGUGUAAAAACUUUGUCACUUUUGAGCAACGAAUUUACCACACUCCCGGGAAGCCUGCUCGAGGAUAUGACCAACCUGACUUUUCUCGAUCUUCGGUACAACAAUUUGCAUCAACUGCCCAAAGAUUUUUUCACCCCGCCGAAGCUCGAACGCCUCGAGAUCGGCUACAACAAGCUCGCCUCUCUGGACCGAAACUCGUUCGGAAAUCUCUCGCGUCUCAAAAUACUCAACAUAUUUGACAACGAGAUCGCGAACAUCGAGCCCGAUACUUUCGACGGACUCGGGGCUCUCGAGAGACUCGAUUUAAAAUUGAACAAUCUCGAAAGCCUUCCGGCCCAAAUUUUUCAUCGUCUUUCCAAACUCAAGGCCAUCAAUUUGUCCCGCAAUAACUUCUCCGAAGGCUCGCUGCCCGCUGACCUCUUGAAAAAUUGCACCGAUCUCGAGGAAUUCACUCUCGAGGAAAAUUCGAGAAACAUGACCACGCUGCCCGAACGAUUUUUCGCGAAUUUCAUGAAACUCGGCACAAUCGAGUUGAAGAAAAUCGGAUUGACGAUCCUGCCCGAAAAUUUAUUUCAAGCCACCGUUAAUCUUCAAAAUCUCAAUCUCGAAAGGAACUUUCUGUCUACUCUACCGAGCAACAUCUUCCAAGAUAACUCACAUAUUUUGACACUCGAUUUGAGCUUCAACGAAAUAUCAUAUUUGCCCGAUGGCAUAUUUUCGAAUCUACGAGAUAUCGUCAGGUUGGAUCUCUCCAGGAAUCACAUCGCCACUAUUUCUGGGAACCUUUUCUCCGGAUUAUCAUCCCUGCAGGAGUUGAACAUGGAAAGAAACAACAUGACCGACAUCGAUUUGGAAGCGUUUAUUUCUCUGCAAAAAUUGAAGAUAGCGAGAUUCUCGUACAACUCGCUCACGCUUAAAUCCUUGUGGGGAGUACUCGGUUCGCCCUUCAAAUCUUCCACAGAACUUGAAGAGCUUCACUUGGAUUACAACAACAUUUCUGACAUAUUCGACGACUGGAUGUUGACAAUGAACUCUCUUCGAUUGUUGAAUCUCUCCCACAACAGCUUCCAAAUUAUAACGGACGGAGAUUUGCAGUUUUUUUCACCGUUCGUACAAGUCGACUUGUCUUACAACAAAAUCCGUCAUAUUAAUCUGGACAAGGUGGAAAUUUGGGCGACCGACCGAGACGACCAGCGGAACGUGAAGGUUUCGGUGGAAAAUAAUCCGAUUGAAUGCGAUUGCGAGCUUUAUAGUUUGCUCCGUUAUCUCGAGGGAGAAUUGCAUCCUAACGUGCAAAAUGCUUUCCACUUGGUUAUUGGACAAUUGAAAUGCACCGGGCCGCAAGACUUCGCUGACAUAGCGAUUAUCGAUCUAAAGUCCAGUACUUUAACAUGCGACAUUAAAGUCACAAGAAACGAGAGCGAUUGUCCGAGCUUGUGCACUUGUUAUUCGAGGCCUUUUGACAAAGCUUAUAUAAUUAAUUGUUCGAACGUCGGUCUCACGGAGCCGCCUCAAAGCGUUUGUACAGAAAGUCCACAUUCGAGUAUACAUUUGAAUCUUAGCGGUAAUUCAUUGAACGUAAUGCCUGAUUCUGAGGGAUGUGGUUACGACGAAGUUACCGUAUUGGACUUGACUCACAACAAUAUCUCGAAAAUCUCCGUUGAAAAUCUUCCGAGAAAUCUAACGGUGCUGAAAUUGAAUAACAACGGAUUGUCAAGGUUGAAUCAAGACGUUAUUGCUCGGUUAGAAAACUCGUCAAAACUGUUGGACCUGACGUUACACUCGAAUCCGUGGGACUGCGAUUGCGAAGCACGUCAAUUUUUCAACUUUGUACAAAAGAAGAGCAUCAAACUUCCUGAACUCAUGAAGAUCACUUGUUCCGGUAGAGAAUCACUUCCGAUUCACCAAAUGACCCCGGACGAGCUCUGCCCCACGAGUAACACGUGGAUCAUCGUCGGUUGUUCCCUAGUUGCUCUUCUCGGUUUGAUCCUCGGGACUCUAGCCGCUGUGUACUAUCGUUAUCAGAUGGAAAUCAAAGUUUGGCUUUACGCGAAAAAUUUGUGUCUCUGGUUCGUGACGGAGAACGAGCUCGACAGAGACAAACUCUUCGACGCGUUCAUCAGUUAUUCUCACAAAGACGAGGACUUCGUCGUUAAUGAUCUGAUACCGAAACUCGAGGCGGAGCCAAGGCCAUUCAAGCUGUGCGUACACUUCCGAGAUUGGCUGGCCGGCGAAUGGAUACCGAAGCAGAUCGCACGCUCGGUCGAAGAAUCACGACGCACGAUCGUCGUGCUGUCGCCAAAUUUUUUGGAAAGCGUCUGGGGCCGCAUGGAAUUCCGGGCUGCUCACAGCCAAGCUCUCAGCGAAGGGAGAGCGCGAGUGAUCGUUAUUUUGUACGGUGACAUUGGUCCAACGGAGGAACUCGAUCCUGAGCUCAACGCAUAUUUGAGCAUGAAUACAUACGUUAAGUGGGGCGAUCCGUGGUUUUGGCAGAAGCUCGAAUACGCGAUGCCACAUCCGCCCGGAAUAAAGAAGCGUAAAUCACGUAAAAGCAUUUUUGAAAGUACGCAGCCUCCUCGCAUCGCAAUGCCAAGCGACAAAUCCGAAUUAAUAAACUCAUCGGGGACUCCCUCCACACCGCCUAUUUCAACCACACCACCCGCUGAUUCUGUCAAAAUUUUCAUAGUCAACGGUGUCACGGACAACGAAUAUGAAAAGCCAGCGAUCAACAACAUCGAUCGAAAUGCCUUACCUCCAGCUAUCACUGAUUUAAAUCCUAAUAAAAGUAACAGUGUCUUCAACAAAAUUCAGUGCACGACCGUUUGACGCGAUACUUUCUGACUCGAAAAAUAUUAAAUCGUAUCUUUCUCACCGAAGUUGACGAACAUUUGAGAAUUCCUAGAGCUGAAAGAAAAAAAAAACAAAAAAUGGGACGCGACACGUUCGCGGGAAAAAGAGCAUUUUCCAUUCUACGCGCUAUGCCAGUAAAUAUUUUUCACAAAUUAACAGUGUACUCGGACGAGUUACUUGAAAUAGAACUUGAAUGAAAAUCGACGAGAGACGUUACUCCCGGUAGAGAACAAACUUCGGAAGAAGAUUAUUCGGACGAGCCCCUUCUGGGCCUUGCGACUGCCAUUGUUCUCUCAAUUUCAAUUGACCGUUAGAACCUUGAUCAACUUGACGCGAUCCGUUUUGAAAAGGAUCCACCGUGCUACCGUUUUAUGAACUUCGCACCAAAUGACUGAAAAAUAUCGAUACGCGAUGUUUCAUUUGCAUUUGAUACUCAUUUUUUCCUCAUCAUUUUAAUUUAUUACGGACACUAAUAUAAUGUCAUCAGUAACAAAAAAACAAACAUCAUUCUUCCGGCAACUGAUUGCCGAAUUUAGACGUUAUAAAAAUACAUACUGAAAUUGUAAAAAUUUCGAUAUUUUUGACCAUUCAAAAAUUCAGGUGAAUUUCGUAUGUGGCUGAAAGAUUUUUUUCGAAAUUGUCCUAUUUUUGACAACAUGAUCCGUAAUUUCUGUAAGACUGAGCAUAAUUAUAGUUCACCACGUUACCGUCAUAAAUUGUAAUUAAAAUUGUAUAUAUAGAUAUAAUUUUGUAAGCGUACAAAAUAAUAAAUAUUCGAAUAGUUGUUAA